GUCCAAUUAAGGUGUGGACCAUUGGAAAUUCCAACUUUCGAUUUCGUAUUGUACAAUUUUUUAUUUAAGAAUGUCGAGGGUACCAGAUUACGCUCACAAUUUAUCACUUAAAAUGUCUGAAGUGAUGGAUGGGAUUGGUGUUAGUGAGAAGAUAGUGAUGAAAAGAAGAAGAUCAGAGCUACUGCGUGAAUGACUAUUGGCGUUUGAUGAAGAGCUACGCGGUAGAGAUAUGAAUGUAUUCUUCUUCGGUAGUUUAAUAGAAGGAACAACAACUCCAGGAUUACAGUCUGACGCAGAUAGUGUUAUAUCUAUAAACAAUUAUAAUGUGAUACAAGACUGGAGUGAAUGGGAAUAUGGUAAAUUUAAUUUGUUGAUGAUACAGAAUGAGAAUGUCUCACCAGGAUAUUGUUUGUUACAAGUGUUAAGAGAUGAUGCUCCACAAUCGCGCGUAGUUGAAACUAAUGACGAUUCAAAUAGGGACAGAAUGGGAAGAAAAUUGUUAAAAAAUACAAUGUUUGAUGGUUUACAUGAUACAGUAAGAAACGGCCCUGCUCAUUCUUUUCAAGGUGUUCCUGGAAUCGAAGAUAGUGAUUUCGUUGCUGCCUUACCCUGUCAUUUAAGACCAGUUCAAGCACGACAUUGGUUAAAUCAACAUAGAGAAGAGCAUUGGCCUACAAGUGAUAUGAUACAGUACUGCAGUUACACACGAUGUUUUGUUGUAGGCGUUGGAAAAACAGGAAGUGCAAAUGAAAUAUUUGAAUGGAGAAUAUCUACAUCAUUUGCAGAGAGAUUUUUAAUGUUUAAUCUAAACAUAACACAAAUUAGAUGUUACGUUUUGAUGAAAAUGAUUUUGAAAACAUUCAUAAAACAAAGAUUUCCUCACAGCAUUUCAAGUUUCAUGUGUAAAACAGUUUUGUUACAUUGUAUUUCAUAUACAAGAUCUGACGCGUGGAAGGAAAAUACCCUUUUUACUUGUCUAUCACUUUGUUUAUCAAGACUUUACAACUGUGUUCAAAAUGAAUACUGUCCUCAUUUCUUCAUCACACAAAAUAACUUGAUGAGCGGGCGAUUUACUCCAGAAACAAAGCCGUUAAUACUUGAAACUCUCCGAUAUGUAACCGAAAGAAGUGAGAGGGCAUUACUCGAAAUUGAAUGCGACUGCUUUGGUUCAUUUCUUCAGUCAAGUUUAAACGGUAUUGAAAUUUAUAUACCAGCACAUUAUAUACCAACAUUCAUUGCUUGGAAGAUGCUAGAAAAUACAGCCCUUGCUAUAAGCAUACACGUCAAAAUUAUGUUACGUGACGUGAAUAAUUUAUCACCAAGACUUGCGAUGCAAAAACUUUUAACAUUUAUUUCAAAUCACCAUAUCGAGAAUUUCAUUUUCAAAAAUAGAAAAGCUUACCGUUUGUUAUCAAGAUAUUUAUUUAGUACACUUGGAUCUAUUCUAGCAUCUUCAAACAUCAACAAACAAGACAAAUUAGCAUUCAAGAAGGCGCUUUCAUGCAUGUUAUUAGGACUUGACACCGAUGUAGCAUCUGGUAAACUGAAACUAGCAUCAAUGUUCUAUUGUACCGGAGAUAAUGUGAGGACUGAACUUAUCCUGAAAAAUAUUGAGGAGUGUUAUGAUCUAAGUGUUGUUGAACCAAUGUGUGGGUGUUACAGUUUCGAAAAGUCUCCAAGAAGAGAUAGUUUCAACAGAUUAUGUUAUGAAUCAAAUGAAGAAUGCACACUGCUUAAAUAUAUAACAGCACCAUGUGUCUGUUUCAUUCGAUGUGAAAUAAACUGUUGCCCAUUAGAACUUCAACAUGAAAUGUUCAGAUCAACACAGGAAGAUCUUGCUUACAGAAGAAGAGUUGAUAAAUGGAUGGACAUGUCCGUUGUAGAUUCUCUCCCUUACUUCUAUUUCUUGCAGUACAAGACAUAUUCCCGUCUAGGAAGACAAGAUGAUAAGCAGAAGGCUCUUACUUAUAUUGCCAGAACCAUUGAUGUUGAACCAAAUCUCGGACAUAGUGAAACAGCACUCAAUCUUCUAGGACAGUGCAUGGAAGAAGAAAGUCAUGUAGAAGAUGCUUUUAAAUGUUAUGUGCGUUCCCUUCAGAUAAGAGGACAAAAUAAUUCAGCAAAGGUCCAUAUUUGUAAGCUGUUAAACAAAGUGAUCAAUAACUAGUUUAAACUUAUUUUGAAAAAAUAGUGUUACGGUAUCAUCAUUUAAAGACGACUUCAAAAUAAUACACUAUUACACCAUUGAACAUUCUCCUUGUUCAAUGGACAAAACUAUUUACUUUGAACCAAACUUUGAACGUAAUAGGGAUAUAGCACUUUAGUAAUUAUAGCACGUUUCUUGCAUAUUAGACUGGCGUUUCAGUUAGUAUUACCCAGGCCGAAAAUUUCGUCUGGCACGGGCUAUGCCAGAUGAGUCGCGUGCUGUACAAUGACAGGCAUAGGAUGACGUAAUUGCACUGUUAUGAAUGAAGUUGUAAUUUCAUACACUGUUGUAAGAUAAUAGUUACGGGUGAAUUUACAUAAAUUUUCAUGGACAUUUGUUUGAUGAAGGUAAGGAGUUUAAGAAUAUGAUGGGUUAUUAUAGAAUAUGCAAGAACAAAUAUCUGACACAUGUUUUCGUUUCGGAUUGGAAUGUCCGUCCCAAGGGGACCCGCCCAUUGGGCGCUAACAAGGUUUGACAAUUUUAUUAUUCUUAAUUAAUGUAUUUAAAUGAUAGAGUAAACAUUGUUUCACUUCAGUUACGAGGACGGAAUAUCUUUCCAUAUUUGUGAUCAUUUAAAGACAAUGAUUUUCUUAACUUUCUUUAUGAUCAAAAUUGUCACAAAUAACGAACUGUUUGGAUUGUAUUUUUUAGAAUAUUAUUAAACUUGUUCGAACUUUUAUCGAUUCAAUCACCAGUAUUCAUACAAAAGAAACAACACUCCUCAAUUUGAAGUUAUGGUUUCAACUCAUGUUUAUCCUUAUUUGAAUUUCAAAUUUUUAUUUUCAAAAUAUAAAUGCAUUAAAUGAUCAUGAUGUUAUGUUAAAUCAGACAUUUUAAGGAUUUGUGAAUCAUUCUAAUUGUACGAUGUAUACAUGUUUCUUUAUAACAUGAUUGAGCCCACAAUAUCAAAUUCAAACGUAUUGAGCAUAAACUUAUUAUAUUUCCGUAUAAAACGCAUUAAAUAUCAAUGUAUAGAUAAAGAUAUCUGUGUUUUGUGUAAAUAUAACGCAGUUAUAAUAUCAUUGACUUAAGCCUAACAGAAUUCCAAACCAUUUUGCUAUAUAAUGCCACGAGUUAAUAACUGAAAAUGCAAUUCUCCAUAGUUUUGUUUAGAACUAUGUAAGUUAAUGUGAAAUAAUAUUAAAUGUGUACUUUCUUGCAAUAAUAAACUAACGAAUAAAACUGCGUCAUUAUUUUUAUUAAACAAUACUUUUAUCCCAAAAAUUACACUGAAAUCGUUUUUGACAAAUCAUUACAUUUUGUUCAAUCAUAUACAAAACAAAGUGCAAAGAAUACUUUAUUAAUUAUAAAAAUGGGUUAUUGUGUAUGUGUUAAAAAUAAACAGGCUUCUUAAAUCUAAUAAAGGGUUUUGCUUUUGUUCACUUGCAGUUUAAGAACGAGGUAAUUAUCGUAAUUAAUGGCUUAUUUUUUAUUUUCAAUUUAAAAUAUUAAUCCUAAAUUCUUGGUUAAAUCAUUUCUGACAUUUAUCAACGCGACGGAAUUAAAACUCUUGAAACACCAUACUGACUGGGAAUUGCUAAUACAUAUAACUUAUUUAAUGAAUUCUCCAUUUCUGCCACAACAAGCAUAAUUGUGUUUUUAAAUGUUUCAAAAGUUGAAUUAUUUAUAUUUAACAUACAUUUAACAGUGAUGUAAUUCAUAACCUCUAUUAUUAUACA